AUGCCUGAAAUUGAUUGGAACUCAGAGAACACUUGGAUGUUGUGUAUGUUAUUUGCCGAACAAGUUGGAAAAGGAAAUCGGCCAAACACACACUUGAAUGCACUUGGGUAUGCUAAGGUUGAAAAAGGGUUCAAAGAAAGGACUGGAAUAGUAGUUACGAAGGCUCAGAUCAAGAACAAAUGGGACAAGUUAAAGGAAGAUUUCAAGGCAUGGAAGAAACUAAUGCUGAGGCAAACAGGAAUUGGUUGGGAUCCUAUAAAGAAGACUAUUGCUAUGGAUGGCGAAUGGUGGAAAAAAGCUAGAGCUGUAAGACAUUCCGGGUUGUGGAAAGUUCAAAAAGAAGGUCUUGAGAAUGAAGAUGAAUUAGCCAAGUGUUUUUCUGAUAUCACUACUAUUGGUAUUGAUCAUUGGUCUCCUCAUGUUGUGAAUGUUGAAGCAUCAGAAAAUAUGGAUGAGGCACAAGAUGAGGAAAUCAAUUGUGAGCCACAAGAUGAUGAAUUCAUUCAGGAUACACAAGAGGAGGAUAUUCGUAUUACUCCUCCACCUGCGAGUGGCAAGAGAUUGGCAAGGUCUGUUGAUAGAAGUGGCAAGAAGGCAAAGUCUGGAAAUGCACUCCUAAUUCAAGAAGCAGUAACAAGUAUGGCAAGUUCAGCCAAUGAAUAUGUUUCUAAGAGAUAUGGAAAAUAUUCUAUUGAUGAAGUGAUGGAGGUUGUGAUUGCUUGUGGGGCCGGCUAUGAUAGCAAUGAACAUUACAUGGCGUCUGAGCUGUUUAUGUCUUCAAGUGAGUCUGAUGAAUCUAGUGAGUCUGAUGGUGAAUAUUUUUUUAAAAUGGUUGAGAGCUGUGGCACCGCCGAGAUUUAUGUUUUCACAACAAAGUGGAAUGGGAUGGCUGAUGGAGAUGGUAAACACUCCAGGGGAGUGCCAUCGAAUGCUUCGGAUGAAUGA